AUGGCCGUUCUUCCCCCCACGAUACGGCUUUUUCAACCGGCGCCUGGAUCACAGAUCGACUUUGGAGCGUGCAUCGAGGGCAUAAACCUAGAAGAUUUGACUGUCGUGGUUUUCAAGAAUCAGCAUAGACUCUCCGCUCGAGCGCAAUACGAAUUAACAAAACGAUUCGACCCUGCAGCCGAAAAUUACGGCCAUGGAAAGACCAUCGAUGCAAAGCGCAGCAUCCUCCACCCAGAUCUGAAAACAGUACCUCAUCAGCCACAGGUCCAAAUCAUCGGCAACGGAUCCAUCAAAUCCUACGAGGGACUGGAAAACUUUCAACUACGGCAUCCUCACCAUCGCACCUUUCACAAGGACCAUAUCCCGGAUGAAAAAGAUUAUGAUUAUACGCGGUUUUACCGGUGGCAUAUUGACGCCGCGCUGUAUGAUCUGAAUCCGCCACAGGUCACAACUCUUUUGGCAGUACAGGUGCCCAAGGGACGGCGGCAGACUCUUUUGUAUGAUGAUGGAUCGAAUGAGACGAUGGAUGUUCCACUCGGAACAACUGCCUUCGUUAGUGGUGAAAGAAUGUUCGAGUUGCUCUCGCCUGCUGAGCAGGAGUUUGUUCGGACGAGUAAGGUUGAAUACGCACCUCACCCAUACAUCUGGAUGAGUCCCGCUCACUCUCGGUCCACCGGUCUCGGUCUCCACUCCGAAGGUCUCGAACUCCCCGACUCGGAUCUUCCCCCCAUCGACCCAACAAAGAUCAAAAUUCUCCCCAUGCUCUGGAAGAACCCUGUUACAGGCAAACUAGCCCUUCAGAUUCAUCCCUCUGCGAUUCGCCGCAUCCAUCUUGCAGAUGGCUCGGCGAUCGAUGAUCUGACGCGCGUGCGAGAGAUCGUGUACCGACUCCAGCGUCCUGGGAUCCGUCCUCAAUUUGUGUAUGCUCAUGAUUGGGAAGAGGGAGAUUUGGUGCUUUUUAACAACCGGGGACUUUUGCAUUCUGUUGUUGGCGCUUUCAUGCCCGACGAGGUGCGCUUGUUUAGGCAGUGCAAUCUUGCUGCUUCCGAGGCUCCUGUUGGACCUUGA